AUGGACUUCUACUAUCCCAGCCCACCGAAAGGUUGCAACCACAGCGAUGCGACGUUUAAGCCAGCCUCAAGCGUUAUGUUACGUACCUUGCACACCACUAUCUGCGUGCAGGCCCUUCUUCUUGGGCAGUUGGGCUUCGCGAAAGGCGAUCAACAAGUCCUCGGUCCCCAAGGACGACUCCGCAAUGCCUCGCUCGCUGACGCAGACAACAUAGCAACUAUUGUCAUUGCUGCCUUCGAACCGUUGCCGAGUUGGCAAUAUCUGUACUAUUUUCGGCAUUCCUUCCCGCAAGCACAUCGAGAAUGCGUCCGCUUCGGUAUAACGCAGAUGCUCUCCCACCCCGAUUCAAAGACAGAAGUAAUCGAGGCACCGCAUGGCAGCAAGAUCCCUCUUGUCGCAGUGGCUGCAUGGCGACAGAGUCACUUUGCUCAUGGACCUGUUCUGCGGAACGCACCUGAGGGAUGUUUCAAGAGCAUGAAUAUUACCCGUGCAAUUGACUGGGAGCGCAAAUUCAAUGCCGCAGAGCGGGAGUUCGUUCAAGAUGUCUUUGGCAAGCAACAAGUAUACCUUUUCGAACUUGCUACGCAUCCAGACUACCAGUCAAAAGGUGCAGGAACGAGGCUUGUCGAGAUAGGGGUCGAAAGGGGCAGAAGAGAAGGUGUCAAUGUCACUCUGAUUGCGCAGCCUACUGCGGAAGGUUUUUAUCUAAAGAGGGGGUUCAAGGAGAUCAGAAAUAUCAGUAUCGAGUCCGUGGACAGGAAUGAGGAGUUUGAGUUCAAUGUCAUGGCGUAUGACCUUGAUACAAACCUUCUGGAGUAG